GCAUUAGGAAAAACUCAAGCAAAAUACGCGCACGUGAAAAUGGUGAAAACGUGAAGGCGAACUGAGUUUCUUUUGCGAGAUUAACCUGGAUUUACCGAGGGACACGUUCAAAGUUUGGUUAAAAUGAGUGAAUCGGGAUAUUACCCUCCUCCGGACUUCAGCACUCCACCCCCGAGCACGUUCCAGCAGCAGCCCAGGGCCAGCAGCUUCCAGCCGGGCAUGUGGCACUGGCAAGAGACCCCUUCAGAAACCAGCUGGGGCUACAACACCAGCUACUACGGAGCUACAGCGAGCUACGGGUCUCAGUCUUUAUGGGGAAGCUAUGCCACUAAUGCAGCACACGGUCAAAGCUACGGACAACAGUGGCACCAGAGAGGAGGACAUGGAGGAAGACCGCAGUAUGGCAACACUGGAAAUUAUUGGAACAAAAAAAAUAAGAAGGAGCCUGAGUUUCCAUAUUUCUGCGACACUUGUGACCGAGCAUUUAAAAACACUGAGAAGUAUAAUGAACAUAUGUCCCAACACGUCAAGUGCUCUGUUCCCGACUGCACUUUUAUGGCUCAUGAAAAAAUUGUGAACAUUCACUGGAAAAAUACCCAUGCACCAGGAACUAAACGGAUCAAACUGGACACACCUGAAGAAAUUGCUAAAUGGAGAGAGGAAAGGCGAAAGAACUACCCUACACGUGAAAAUGUGGAGAAGAAGAAAAAGAUGAUGGAAAUGAGAGAGAAGACGGGAGCUGUUCUUGAGACGGCUCAGUUUGGACGAAUGAGAGGAAGAGGACGCGGGAGGGGACGUGGAAGGGGCCGUGGUUGGGGAAACAGGGGGUCUCAGGGGGGUUGGCAAGGAGCUUUUCAUGCUUCAAAUGGCAAUGUUCCAGAGAAGUCACAAACGCCUCCACAAGUCAAUAGAGAUGGAGAUCCACUCGGAGCGCUAGUUCGUGGAGAGCAUGAUUCAGACAAUGAUGAUGCAGUUCCUGAAAAAGUAGUUGUGGCUCCUAAACAGAUCAGUUCAGCUUUGGGAUCUUUGAUGGCAAAUUAUGGGUCUAUGAGUGAAAGUGAGGAGGAGCCUGAUUCUGCUCCAAUUCAAAAAGCACAAGCGCUAAUACAAGAAAACCAGACUAUUCGGAACAGUAUCCCAACCCACUCCCAGAAUUUCACCCCAGUAACGUUUAAUGCAGAAAGAUAUGAUGAUGGAAGAGGCAGAGGAAGAAGAGGACGAGGGAGGCGUGGUAAAGGACGUCAUCACGACACACCAAAAAAAAUGGGUCCUACUCUGCUGGAGAUGCUGUUGGCUCCAGACAUCCGUCAUGAGAGGAAUGUCCUACUUCAGUGUGUGCGUUACAUUGUUCGAAAUAAUUUUUUUGGACUAGAGAACAAAUCACAGGAAGGUAAUCAAAAGUCCAGCAGCGUUACAAAUGGAAAACGCUGUGAUGGUGGUGAGAAUCAUGUUCAUACAGAUGUAGAUCAAUGCAGUACUGCAGAUUCAGCCCCGGAGGAACGGUCGGCUGGGCUUGUAGAAAACUCUCCAGUGAAAAGCUUCUCCCACAAUGCAGCUGAAGUUAUGGACUGUCAAAAUGAAAAUAAAUCCAGCUAUCAAAUUUAUGAUGAUGAAAUAUGGGAGAGUGAUUUGAAAUAGCGCAUCCCUCUAUACAUCGCAAAUGAAAGAAUUAAAGAAAAUGUGUGUUUAAGAUAUAAUUUCAACCAACUGUAACAUUAUGUAAUGAGUCGUUUAUGUUCAUUUAUGUAUUAUAUUAUACAGUUUUGUACAAUAACAUUUAAUUGCCUUAAAUUUAAAUAAAUGAGCCACUUUUGUAGUUUGCUGAAUCC